AUGUCGUCCGAGACGGAGCCGCUGCUGCAGCAAAAUGGAGCAGCAGCAGAAGACGAUGCAGCAGCAACAGCAGCAACACCAGCAGCACCUGCUGCUGCUCCAGCUGCUGCAGCCGAUGAUUUUCGCGUGGCUGUAGCCCCCUCGCCUGUUGCAGCUACAGCAUCAUGUUCAACAGCAGCAGCAACAGCAGCAGCAACAUUAGCAGCAGCACCAGCAGCAGCAGCACGAGCAGCAGGUGGUGGUAGGCGUUGGUAUUGGCCUUGGCGUUGGUCUUCAUCUUUUGGUGCUGCUGCAUGCAUAGCAGAAGCUGCGCAUACACCGCAAACCCUUGAGGAAUUAAGAGCUGCUGCUGCUGCUGCUGCUCUUCCCCCCCUAGAGACAACUAGCAGCAUACAAGCUGUUGCUACCUCUAUUAGCAACAGCCUGUUAUCCGAAGCAGCAGCAACGGCAGCAGCAGUCAACAGCAACAACGGCAGCAACACGACCAACAGCAGCAACAGCAGCAACAGCAGCAGCAGCAGCGAAGUAAAGCAGCAGAAUUUAUCUGUAUAUAAGGUUCUUUUUCGUCUAUUAACUCCUUGUGUUAUUCCUCUGUCUUUGUUGCGGCUGCUGGAGCUGCUGCUGUCUUCUUUCUCUCCUUUGCUGCUGGAGGCUAUUGUUGCAUGCAUUGAGUCGCCACAGCCCUACACUGCAGCAGCAGCAGCAGCAGCAGCAGCACAAGGAGGAGCAGCGGUACAAGGAGCAACAGGAACAGGAAAAGUAGCAGCAGCUGCUGCAGCUGCAGCAGCAGAGAAGGAAAAUUCAGGUUGGAGCCUCCCAACAUGGUGCAUGCAGCCCCACAACAGGUUGCUGCUGCUGUCGCUGCUGCUUGCUGCUGCUGCUUACCUGCAGGUCUAUCUAAAUGUUCGCUGCGGCUUCUGCAUGCGUCGUGUUGCACUUAAGGCAAAAAAUGCUCUUCUUGCUGCUGUCUUCGAGGCAGCAUUAAGACAGACACAUGCUCCUCUACCCUGCAGCAGCAGCAGCAGUAGUAGUAGUAGUAGCAGCAGCAGCAGUAGCAGAGAGGGUGCUGCUGUUGAGGGAAACGCGCUCGCCUUAGAUAACAAUGCAGCAGCAGCAGCAGCAGCAACUGCUGCUGCUGCUGCUAACGCCGAAGAAGCCACAGCUGCAGCAAGUACUGCUCCAGCGGCUUCUGCUGCUGCCAGAGCAGCAGCAACAGCAGCAACAGCAGCAGCAACAACAACAGCACCAGCAAUUGGUUGGGGUGAUGCAGCGGAUUAUCAGGGAAUGGGCGUUGACGGCUCCCAUGGGUAUAAGGGGACCCGCAAAGGCAGCAGCAGCAGCAGCAAUAGCAGCAGCUGCAACAGCAGCAGCAGUAGCAGCAGCAGCACUCGUUGGAGCAGCAAAGGCUACGGUCUGAUAGCUUCGGAUAAGCCGCCAACUCGUCUGGUGCGCAGUCGCAGCAUCGAGAGCAGUUGCAGCAGCAGCAGCAACAGCAGCAGCGACACCAACAGCAGCAGCAAGAGCAGCAGUAGCAGCAGCAGCAGCAGCAGCAGCAGCACAGGGGGUGCAUUGACACGAGCUGUCUCCUUUGGUGGCAGUUUGCAUCGCGCUGUCUCUAAGACUCUCUUUAAUGGUGCUGCUGCUGCUGUAUUAACAGCAGCAGCGCAUGCAGAAACUGCUGCUGCUGCAGCAGCGGAAGCUGUUGCUGCUGCUGCCGACCAUGGAGGAGCCAGCAGCAGCAGCAGCGCGGAGUCCUAUCUGUCGGCAUUGAGUGACGAAGAUGGAGUAAGCGAAGGAGACAGUCGUUUAUUCUCUGAGGGUUUUUCUUCUGCAAGACAAGUGUCUAGUCAAGAGGAGACAGAUGCUGCUCCCUCAUUAGAGGUGCAGCAAAUUAGCAGCGUGCUUCCUCCUGAUGCUGCUGCUGCUGCUGCAGCAGCAGCUGCUGCAGCUGGUAUGGUAUCAUCACCAGAAGACAGCGUCGGAACGGGGUAUCUGGAGGCGGAAAGCUGCCGGGACAGCAGCAACAGCAGCAACAAAGGAUGCAGCAACAACAGCAGCAGCAGCAGCAGCGGGUUCUCAAGUGUCUCUGGUGCAGUGACACCGGACAUAUCUGAAGACCCAGCAGCAAGCACACAGCAACAGCAGCAGCAGCAGAAGCAGCAGCAGCAGCAGUAUGAGUGUUUAACUUCCCCUAAGCCUCAUUCACCGUUGUCCAGUUCUUUUUCUGCUGCGGGCAGAGACAGCAGCAGCAAGCGCAGCAGCAGCAGCCGCAACAACAGCAACAGCAACCCCACCACCACCAACACUACCACCACCACCAACAACAACAACAACAACAGCAACAGCAGCAGCAGCAGCAGCAGCAAGAGUGGUUCUGCUGCACUAGAGGAUAUGUUUAUUAAUACAAUUACGUUUAGGUCGUUGUUUACGUCAUUUAACUCAUCGAUUAAUGAGCUGCAGAGACACCCGAGUUCGUGCAUGCAGAGAGUUGCUGCUGCAUAUAAGGCAAACAAAGAUAAUGGGGGGAGAGAAAUGGGGCUUUUUAAGGGUCUGGUUGCUGCACUAAGUUGUCUCUUAGCUCGCAGCAGCAGCAGCAGCAGCGGCAUGGUUACGGAUUGUGGUAGUGAUACUGGUACGAGUGGUGCCAGUGGGACGGGUGGUGAUGCAGGCUGCAGCAGCAACAGCUACAGCAGCAGCAGCAGCAGCAACGCGUUACGAGCUAGUCGCCUAUUUGCUACCUUAGCCUUAAUAGAUAAGGCACUACAGGCCCUUAAUGGAUUACCAACGUUAAUGGCAGAUAUAACUGCUGCUGCUGUUGCAUUAAAACGUCUUGGUAAAUGCCUUAAACCAACGCCUGCUGCUCUGCAUGCAUACAUGCUGCAGCAGCAACGCAUGCAGCAGCAACAACGGAUGCAACAGCAACAGCAACCCUUGGCACUUCCGCAGCAGCAGAAAGCAGAUAACUUCAAUCCAACUGCAACGGCGAACGAAGCAGCAGAAACCUCAUACGAAGCCACAACAGAUCCAGCAGCAGCAGCAACAGCGGAUCCUGCUGCUUCUCCAGUGAUAUCUUUUAGGCAUGCAUCUUUUGGCUGGCGGCCUCUCCGUCCUAAUGAUUCUCCCUCUCUUGCCGAUUGCUGCUUCUCCCCUACUGCAUCUGCUGUAGACAGCCCCAAGAAGACCAGCGCUAACCAAUACAGCACCAGCAGCAGCAACAGCAGCAGUGGCGACAGACUGGCGCCUGAUGCGGCGUGUGUCCCCCGUGGAACCCAAGGCCGAACGCCUGCACCUGUAUCUGCAGCAGCAGCAACUGCAGCAGCAGGGGAAGAAAAGGUCCCCUGCUGUUUGCGCAGCAACAGCGCGGUGCUGCAUGAUGUAGAGAUGGAUAUACACCCGGGGUUACACAUUAUCGUCGGCAGAUCAGGCAGCGGCAAGAGUAGUCUUCUUGCUGCUGUCUUAGGGGAAAUGAGUCUCCUUAGAGGAGAGGCCUUCCUUAACCUCCCUAGACACUCCAACAGCAGCAGCAGUAGCAAAGGCGACAAGAACGAUCAGCGUUUGUCGAAUUUAACGCCUGCAGCAGCACCUGCAGCAGCGAAUGCAGCAGCAGCAGUACCUGCAGCAGCAGCAGCAGGGGUAUCAGAUGGCAGCAAUUGUGCUAGUGAGAUAAGUGUUGACGAUCCAUGGGAGUUUGUGGGAUUUUGUCCACAGCAGCCAUUAAUAUUUGAUGGAUCCGUCAGCAGCAACAUAUUAAUGGGGAGGCCGCUGCUGCCUGCUGCUUAUAAACAAGUUGUGCAUGCAUGCGCUCUUGAUAAAGAUAUAACGGCAGUAGGAGGACAUGACAGCCCCAUUGAUGCAGGAGGACACAGACUUAGCGGGGGGCAGCGUGCACGGAUUUGUUUGGCUCGGGCUAUCUACAGUGCUGCAGCAGUUUCAGCCUGUGCUGCUGCUCAGGAGAAGCAACAACAACAACAACAGCAGGAGCAGCAUGAGGUGGCUAAGGGGCAUGCAAACACCGGCGAUGCUGCUGCUGCUGCGCCAUUUGACGCAUAUAAGCUGGGGCGGCUAGCAGCAGCAGGGGGUCGGGCUCUCUAUCUAAUAGAUGAUCCUUUUAGUCCCUUAGAUGCUGUCACUGCCAUGGUCAUAUGGAAACGCGUCUUCGCACCGGGAGGAGUAUUGAGUGGGCGUACAGUGCUGCUGGUGGUGCAGCAAUCAUUUUUGGAGAUGUUGGAUGCUGCUGCUGCUGCAUCGACAUUUGUGCUGCUGUCAGGAGGAGCAGCAACUCAAUGUUUGUCCCUUCAAGACCUGCGCAGCAGGCAAAGAGGGCGGGAGGGCAGCAGCGCCCUGAGCAGCAGCAGCAAAACAAGCCGCUGCUACAGCAGCAGCAACCAAGACCAGCAAGCUUCCACUUGCAUACAGGGCGAGGCUAGCUCGGCAGGCCAAGGGGAAAUCAUGGAGGCGCCUGAACCUGCUGCUGCAGCUGCUGCUGCUACUGAUGUUGCUGAUGCUGCUCCUGCUACUGCUGAAGAGAAGGCGUAUGAGUCUCUGGCGGUCCUCCGCCUUUUGCAGGUUUACAUCAUUGGGUAUUAA